AUGCUGCACGACGGUCACGACGCAACCGCCCCCCUCUACCAGCCAUCGGACGCGGAAUCAUCUGCCACUUUUCGCCUCAGAGAUCUCAUCAAUGCUAAAUACGGCUUGCAUCUCAAGACAUACGCUGAUCUGCAUCAGUGGUCAAUAAGCCAUGUCGCCGAAUUUUGGAGUUUUGUCUGGGAUGAGACGGGCGUAAUUGGAGAAAAAGGCAGUCAUGUAGUUGACAGCAAGGCAGUGCCCUCUAACAAUCCACCGUGGUUCUUGGAGGCUAAGAUGAAUUGGGCGGAGAACAUGCUUCGUGAGCGUUCUGCAGACAAAAUUGCCCUCAUCCAAGCUACCGAGCCUACUCAAGAAUCGCCACACCCUGAAUUACGAAACGUCUCAUACGCAGCGUUGCACGAUAUCGUCGCCGACCUCGUAUCAGCAUUGCUGUUGCACGGAUUCAAGCCCGGAGACAGAGUGGGCUCCUACUGCUCCAACUGUAUUGAAAACGUUGCUGCCUGUCUCGCAACCACUGCACUUGGCGGAAUAUGGGUCAGCGCGGCCGCCGAUUUUGGUGCAGAAGGGGUGCUAGAGCGAUUCGAACAAGUUCAACCGAACUUCAUUUUUGCGGUUGAUGCGGUCGUAUACAACGCGAAGGUUCACCCACACCUCCCCAAGUUGGAGCAGCUUCUAUCGGGUCUCGCAAAGAAAGGCUUGGCUCCCAAGGUUAUCAUUAUCCACACUAUACCCCAGACUGUUGAUCACACGGCGUGGGCAGAUGAUUGGACUUCAUGGGAGAAGUACUUACUGGAAGGACGCACCUCUCAGCUAGGACGUGACAGCUCGGGGGAGAUAGAGUGGCACCGGGCUACCUUUGACUGGCCUCUGUGGAUACUCUUUAGCUCUGGGACCACUGGUGUGCCAAUCGUACACCGUGCAGGCGGUAUGUUACUGCAACUAAAGAAAGAACUGAUGAUAUGCGGUAACUUACGUCCUGAGGAUGUGUUCUUCUAUUACACGACCACGGGUUGGAUGAUGUGGAACUUCCUUAUCAGCGGGCUUACCGUGGGAUGUACGCUGGUCUUAUACGAUGGGAGUCCACUUCGCGACCCGGCGUAUCUGUGGAACUUGACUGACCAACUGGGAAUCACCAUCUUCGGGACCAGUGCCAAGUACAUCGACCAGCUCUCGAAAGGGUACAUCCCACGCGAGAAACAUAGUCUGCGGACUCUCCGGCACAUAUAUUCUACUGGGUCCCCUCUUUCUCCGGCCCUCUUCGACUAUGUCUACGAAAGCAUACACCCCAAGGUCCUGCUGGCUUCUAUCACCGGUGGGACGGAUAUAUGUUCUCUCUUCGCAGGGGUGUGCACUGCGCUUCCAGUGUACCGAGGAGAGAUUCAAUGCCGUAUGCUAGGUAUGGCAAUUGAGAGCUUCUCGCCCUCGGGUACACCGAAUCCCCCUGGUGAAAACGGCGAAUUGGUCUGUGUCAAACCGUUCCCAUGUAUGCCUCUCGGAUUUUGGCCCUUGCCAGGUUAUGGUCCGGCGGCUGCCGUGGAGGCGGGGAAAGCACGAUUCCAACAGUCCUACUUCUCCGAGUUUAAGGAUGUUUGGUAUCACGGAGACCAUGUUAUUGUCACCGAGUCCAAGGGUGGAAAUGGUGGCGGUGUGGUCAUGCUGGGACGCUCAGAUGGGGUGUUGAAUCCUGGGGGCGUCCGAUUUGGGUCAGCAGAACUCUACGACGUGAUCGAAACGUGUUUCUCAAGCUCGACGACUUCCGACCCCACAAAGGUUAUCGUCGACUCGGUGGCUGUCGGUCAACUUAUCGAUGGGGGGACUGAUGAACGAGUCGUCCUCUUUGUCAAACUUCUCGAUGGACAUGAUCUGUCGGCCGAGUUGGUACAGGACAUGAAAGCUGCGGUGAGGUCUAGACGGUCCCCGCGACAUGUGCCAGCGAGGAUACUCCAAGUGGGAGAUAUCCCAUACACUUUGAAUGGAAAGCGUGUAGAGGUGCCGGUCAAGAAGAUCAUCAAUGGGUCCCCUGCCUCUAUCAUCAAUCCAGCAACCCUUCGCAACCCUGAAUGUCUUGCUGAAUAUACCCGCUUGGGGGAAAUGCUCAGAUCAGAAGUCGAUGCUCGUGGCCAAAAGUAA